GCAUAAGCAUCUUGCUUUUAGGAGACACAUCUUCUAUAUAUCAUGUGCAAAUUAACGUACACACAUCAACUCUUCUCUGUUCUCUCUCCUCUCCUCACUCCACUUACCCAUAAAAAGAAGUAGAAAAAAAACAGAGAAAAAUGAUGAAUAAUUUUGGUGUUUUUUCUGAUUUACAAAUAUUGAUUUUAGUUUCUAUUUUAUGGUGUGGGGUGAUAAGUAUAAUAUUUAAGUUUUGUAAGAAAAAUAUGUGGGUGAAGUCUGAAAUACAAAGGAGGAAGCUUAGAAGUUAUGGCAUCAAUGGACCUUCACCUUCUUAUUUCCUUGGAAAUGUUCCUGAGAUGCAGAGGAUUCAAUCUAUGGUCGCUAAGACUUCUUCCCAUGAUGAAAUUGUGGGUCAUGAUUAUACUUGUAUCCUCUUUCCUUACUUUGAACAGUGGAGGAAUCAAUACGGUCGAAUGUACACAUAUUCAACAGGAAAUAGGCAACACUUGUACGUAAAUGAUCCAGAAUUAGUGCGCGAGAUGAGCCAAAGCAUGACUUUACAUUUGGGUAAGCCAACUUACGUAACCAAAGCACUUGCUCCUAUGCUUGGCAAUGGAAUUUUGAGAUCAAAUGGUACUCUUUGGGCUCAACAAAGGAAAAUCAUUGCUGCCCAAUUCUUUAUGGACAAAGUUAAGUCAAUGAUGGGUUUGAUGAAAGAGUCAGCCCAAGAAAUGUUAGGAAAAUGGGAAGCUUGUAUUGAAGCCCAAGGUGGGUCAAUAGCAGAAGUUAGAGUUGAUGAAGAUUUAAGGGCUACUUCAGGUGACAUGAUCUCAAGGGCUUGCUUUGGCACCUCUUAUUCUAAAGGCAAGAUGGUUUUCUUAAAGCUAAGGACUCUCCAAAAACUCCUCUCCCAACAAAAUUUCCUCUUCAAAGUGCCCACAAUCAGGUUCUUAAACACCAAAGUUCAGAAGGAGGUGAAUUCCUUGGAAAAAGAAAUAGAGUCACUAAUUUGGGAGGCAGUUCAAGAGAGAGUUCAAGAAUGCUCUAAGAGAUGUUCCUCUGAGAAGGACCUUAUGCAAUGGAUUCUGGAAGGGGCAAUGGAUGACCCUGAUUUGGACAAGGGUUCAUCCAAGCAGUUGAUUGUUGACAACUGUAAGAACAUCUACUUUGCUGGCCACGAAUCAACGGCUGUGGCUGCUUCUUGGUGCUUGAUGUUGUUGGCAUUGCACCCUGAAUGGCAACAUAACAUUAGGGAUGAGGUUAAUCAAUUUUGUGGAGUUAAUAAUGAUGAUCGCCAUCUUCUUGUUCCUGAUGUUGAGACUCUUCUUAAGAUGAAAUCGGUGACAAUGGUGAUUCAAGAAACCCUAAGACUGUACCCACCAGCAGCCUUCAUAUCAAGGGAAGCACUAGAAGAGUUUCAAAUGGGAGAUAUUGUGGUUCCAAAAGGGGUGUGCAUAUGGACUUUGAUACCCACAUUGCAUAGAGACCAAGAAAUAUGGGGUCCUGAUGCCAAUGAGUUCAAGCCUCAAAGGUUUGCUAAUGGAGUUUCCAAUGCUUGCAAAGUACCCCAAGCAUAUCUUCCUUUUGGACUUGGCGCACGAUUAUGCUUAGGCAAAAACUUUGCCAUGGUGCAAUUGAAGCUCUUGCUUUGUAAUAUUGUCUAUAGGUUUAGCUUCACUUUGUCCCCUAAUUAUAGACAUUUGCCUGCUUAUAGAAUGAUUGUUGAGCCUAAGCAUGGUGUGCAUAUUCUUAUUAAGAGAAUAUGACAACUUUAUUAGCAACAAUAUGUUUUUCUCAAACUCUUGUUUUCUUAAGCUUUGGCUUCUCUGUAGGUACAAUUAUAAAUAAUAAAAUGGUUCACCCUUUUAAGGGACCUUUA